AUGUCUACUUGGCACCAUUUGAUAGCAGAUCUAAAACUCUUGUGGGAAACUGGCGUGAAGACAUAUGAUGCUUAUAUGAAAGAAUACUUCAAUCUAAGAGCAAUUUUACUUUGGACUAUAAAUGAAUUUCCUGCAUAUGGUAAUCUUUCGGGGUUUGUUACCAAAGGUUAUUAUGCGUGUCCAAUAUGUUCAGAGAAUACUUGUUCACAGUGGUUGCCAAAUUCGAAAAAAGUAUGCUUUCUUGGUCAUAGAAGAUUCCUGCCACUUCAACAUCCUCUUCGUAAAAGAAAAAAAUAUUUCAACAAUCAACAAGAGGAUGGUGUUAUAAAACAACCAUUAUCAGGUGAAGAGAUUUACGACUAUCUGACGGGGUUUGAGACUUCAGGGGAGAAAAAUGUGUGUGAGAGUGUUUAUGGGACAUUGUUGAAUUUGCCUGGCAAGACGAAGGAUGGGUUAAGAGCACGACAAGAUCUUGAGGUGAUGGGCAUUAAGCUUGAAUUACAAACUCAACCAAGAGGGAAUCGUACUUGGCUUCCGCCUGCGUGCUACACAUUGAAUACCACGGAAAAACACCAGUUUUACGAGACCCUGUCUACCAUAAAAGUGCCUAAUAGGUACUGUUCAAAUUUCAAGAAUCUCGUGUCUGAUGAUGUAUCAAAGAUGAAUGGUUUGAAGUCUAAUGAUUGUCAUGUACUGAUGCAACAACUUCUCCCUUUUGCAAUAAAGGGGGUGUUACAUGUGAAAGUGAGGAAAACAAUCAUAGAGGAAGCCUUGGAAUUUUUCUCAGACUACUUAAAAAAUAUGAAAUCAAUUGGCAAUCCUCAUGAACGUGUUGAUGAAAGAAUUCGCACCGGCAAACCUUUAUCACGGGGUACAGUCGAGGGUGUAGAUGCUAAGCUACUUGAUGAAGCUCAUCUUUAUGUAUUACGAAAUACUGCUGAUGUGGAGCUGCAACAUAUGUUGGAAUUGAAUGAUCAUAACCCCCGUGCCUCUCGAAAUAGUAAAUGGUUGCAGACUCAGCGCAGUCGAACAUUUAUUAGUUGGCUUAAGACCAAGGUUGAUACACAUUUCGCUAACGGGGAAGACAUUUGUGAGAGUGUUCGUUGGUUGGCCAAAGGGCCAAGUUUUGCUGUGAAGAAAUAUAGCGGUUUUGCCAUAAAUGAGUAUCGGUUCCAUACAACAUCUCGAGAUGAAUCAAGAACAACUCAAUGUAGUGGAGUAUCUCUAGUUGCACAUGUUAUGCAGAUUGCUAGUGCAAAAUAUUCCAAUCCCAUGUAUGGAGCUGUUACUUACUAUGGUCGUAUACAGGAGAUAUGGGAUCUUGAUUAUCGCAUAUUCACUGUUCCUGUUUUCAUGUGUGAUUGGGUUGAUAGUCGUGGAAUAAAAAAAGAUGACUUUGGAUUCACAGUGGUUAACUUUGCUAGGCUUGAUCACCAAUCUGAACGCUUACUUGUUAUAUGA